AUGCAUCCCUGUCUCUACCCCACUCCUUCAUCCGCCAUCCACCACUUCUCACGUCUUGUCAUUCACCACGACACCCGUUCCCGCUGCCAUCGUACUCUCUCGUCUAUCCGUACCGUGUGGCAGUACUCGGACGUGCGUCAGGCUGGCUCGCUCACGCGCCCCGAGUUCUUCAACGCGCUGCGCCUUGUCACUGUAGCGCAGUCGGGCCGCGACCUCACCCCCGACCUCGUGCGCGCCGCGCUCAACGGCCCUGCCGCCUCGCAGAUCCCUCCUCCUCGCAUCGCGGGAGCUCCUUCUCCUGCCACUGCUCCAUCCCCCGCCACUGCUGCUCCUGCGGGUGGUGCUUCUGCCCUCCCUGCUGCUCGAGGCCCUGUUCCUGCUCCGUCUGGUGUUGCCGCUGCUGCAGCACCUGUUGCUGCCGCUGCUCCUGCUGUUGCUGCACCAUCUGCUGCAGGAGCAGCAGCAGCACCCCAGCUACCCCGACGCCCGUCGCCUACUCCCACUCGUCCCGGGAUGGGACCAGGCGCCGUUUCUGCCCCACAGCCUCUCUCCUCCUUCCCUUCUGGCCUCAGCGUAGGCUCCUCCAGCGCAGGACUAGGCUCGGGAGGAUUGACAGCCGCAGCAGCAGCAGCGGGAUUGAAGCCGAAGCAGCCUGGCGCUCUGUCAGACGUUUUCGCUGAGUUUGGUUCGUUUGAUGUUAAGUCCAAGUCCGUGCAGCCUACUAGUGCGCCUGUGAGGCGGGAGGUACCGGAGUCGUUGCAGCAGCAGCAGCAGCAAGCGCAGAUGGGGACCAUUCAGCUGCAGCAGCAGAUGGCUGCUAAGCAGCAACAGGAUCAGUUGCAGCAACAGCAGCAGCAGUUGCAGCAGCAACAACAACAGCAGUCGCAGCAGCAGCAGCAGCAGCAGCAACAGCAGCUACAGCAACAACAGGCGUUCCCACCACCACAGCAGCAGUCGGCAGGGGAGGGGAUGCCAUCCCAAGGACCUGCACCUGCUGCCGCCGCGUCCGCCCCUGCUGCCCCUUCUGCACCUACCACUGCCGGCCUCUCUGCUGCCGACCAAAGCAUGUCCUCUAUUGCGCAGCCUCCUCCCGCCCCUGCUCCGGCUGCUGCUCCUGCCGCGCCUGCUGCUUCUGAACCCACAGCAGCAAGUUCAGGAGCUGCAGAUCCUGGUAUGCAGGCAGCAGCAGCAGUCCAGAAUGCAGACAAGAAAGGAGCAGGUGGAGUGAGCACAGGCGCACCAGGAGCAGCAGUAACGGCAGAGGGAGCAGGAGGAAAGGUGAAACGGACAGCGGACGACAUUGCAAAGGCGUCCCUGAAUGCUUUCCUUAUAGGAGGUGUUUCUAACGCCAUGGUGCCCAAGCAACCCCCAGGCACAGCCCCAGCCCCAGCUGCAGUAGGAGGAGCGGCAGGAACAGGGCAGUUCGUUCCAAGCCAAGCCAUCGUGCCUGCGGCUGCUGCUCCUGGUGCUGUUGUCGCUGCUGGGAUGGCAGCAGCAACAGCAGGGGGAGCAGCAGCAGCAGCAGGGGGGGCAACAGGAGGGGGUUAUGUGAUGGUUCCAGGUGACCCUCAGCCAUGGCCCCGACUCACAGUCGCAGAGGUGCAGCGCUGUGCACAGGUGUUCAGUGCGGUGGACACGGAUAGAGAUGGGAAGAUCACAGGAGAGCAGGCGAGGAAGCUGCUGAUGAGCUACAAGGUCCCUAUCGACGUGCUGAAGCGGGUGUGGGACAUGGCAGACCAGGACAAGGACGGCAUGCUCACCCUGCGAGAGCUCUGCACCGCUCUGUACCUCAUCAACCAUGUGAAGGCGGGCCGACAGCUGCCGCCCACCCUGCCCCAGGGCAUUCACUUGGACGAGCAGCUGACGGGCGUGGGGCAGAUGCCAGUGCCAGCAGAAGCAGGAGACGUGGAUGCAUCCCGGCCCGUGUACCGCUCCCAGGCGCCCGACCUGGAGGCGGAGAAGGUGGCUCAGCUGGACGCGGAGGAAAGGGAGAAGCUUGAGAGCAAGCACAAGGAGGCGGAGGAGAUUGGGAAGAAGGUGUGGGAGACGGAGCUACAGAUAGCGGACUACAGGCGCAAGAUUGACUUCUACCGUGUCAAGAUGCAGGAGAUCAUCAUGUUCAAGAGCCGCUGUGACAACCGCUUGAACGAUGUCACGGAGCAAGUCGCAGCGGAGAAGAGACAUUACGACAUGCUCUGCAAGCGCUACGACGAGCGCUUCAAGGCGUCCAUGCCAGGUGUCAAGUCGCGAUUGGCCUACGAGGACAGCGUGCUCAAGGAAUUGCAGGAGCGCAAGGCGGCGCUGAUGGAGGUGGUGUCGCGAUUCCAUGCCACCACCACUGCUGACGCCUCCGACCUGCUGCAGGGCCGCGCGGACAAGCUGGGCAUGGACCUGGAGGACGCACGGAGGGCCAUGAACAGGCAGGCCAAGGACCUGGGGCUCAAAGUGCGCCCGCUGCUCGGCGCUGCCUCUGGGCCUGAUGCGUGGCGAGUGGCCCUACAGGAGAACAUGGCGGACUGUGAUGAUGACUGGGACGAGUUCAUGGACCAAGAAGGUGGUGCGUUUGUCAUAUGCCUACCUGCCCCCUCUCUCUUCUGCACUGCGUGCUCAUUUACCCUAAAUCCACUGCCCCCAUCUCUCUCACCCCCUCUCCAUUCUGCCUCCCCUGCACCCGCUUCUGGUGCUCGCCUCGCCUGGACGUACCAACACCUGCCUGUCUUCCCUCUCCAACCCUACAUCUCCCCGUCCCCCUUCACAGGCUUCUCAGUGGUGCGAUCGCGCACAGACGACCUGCUGGGGGGAGAAGAUGAUGAGCUGGCGCCCCUCAUCCCCCUCAGCCCCAUCGACCCCUCCACCCCGUCCCCUGCCCCCUGCCCCCUGCCCUUUGCCCCUGCUGCUGCCCCCACCCCCCCCUUCACAGGCUUCUCAGUGGUGCGAUCGCGCACAGACGACCUGUUAGGGGGAGACGAUGACGAGCCGGCGCCUCUCAUCCCUCUCGGCCCCGUCACCCCCUCCGCCCCAUCCCUUGCCCCGGGUGCUGCUGCCGCUCCUGCUGCUACCCUUGGUUCUGAUGCCGCCGCUGGUGGUGCUGCUGGCGGUGCUGUGUCGGCUUGGGCCCUAUUGGAGGAGGAGGAGGAGAGGAGGGCGCGGGAGGAUGGGGAAGAAGGGGAGGGAGAGGAGGAAGAGGAGGAGGAAGGAAGGGAGGAGGGUGGGGGGGUUGGGCAGCUGGGUGGGUGGUCUAGAGGUAGUGGGAGGGGGCGGGGGGGGAUGGGCGAGGAGGAGGAGGAGGGGGGGCAUGUUGAGGAGGAGGAGCCUGAGACGCCUCAAGGCCCAUCGGCGUGGGACAACCGGUUUGGCUUCACAGCCUCAGGGGUGGACUCGCCCUCUGUCUCCCAGUCCAUGGAUUUCCAGCCCUCAGCCUUCGCCGCCCAGGACUUUGCCUCGGGAUUCGACCAUCAUUUCGAUGCCACAGGCUCGGGCUUCCGAGCCCCCAGCCAGUAUGACUCCAACUUCCGAGCCUCCAGUGAGUUUGACUCGCAUGCGCAUCCAGAAGACUCAGCUUCUGAGCAGUCAGGGCUGGGGUUUGGCCGCCCAGACGAUUACGGUGAGGUGGCUUCGGGCGGCGCUGCAGGAUUUGAUUCUGCAGCGGGGUUUGAUUCUGCAUAUGGAAGUGGGCGGGGCAGCGGUGUGUCGGCGUCGCGAUUUGAUGAGCAUGUGGGGGAGGAGGAUGCAUCGUCUGCAGACAACACACCCAUGGCAGGCGCAGGGGGACACUUUUCUCAGCGCGGGUGGGGUGCUUUCUGA